AUGCUGGAGUUUUACUGGUGUGGAGCAGAAACCAGAGACACAUAUCUGUCUUUCAUCUCCCUGACCACUAAAAUUCAGCUCAACCUCAUCAUGGCUCCAGUAGUGAGACGUGAAGGAGAAUCUGCUGAGAUCUUCUGUCCUUAUGAUUCAAUCUAUAAAUCAAAGCCAAAGUCUCUCUGUAAGGGGAAGUGCUCCACUAGAGACAGAAAUCCUCUCAGUGAGACUGUGAGAGAAGAGAAAGAGACCAAGACUGACAGAUUGACUCUGAUAGAUGACGUCACUGCAAGUGUCUUCACUGGGAGCAUCACUGCUCUGACAGCAGAGGAUGCUGGGAAAUACUGGUGUGCAGUGACAUUAGAAACAGAGCUCAAUUAUCUUCACACUCAUCUGAUGGUCAUCAUGAACGAGGAGCUGAACUUGACUAAGUAUGAAGGAGACGACGUGUCAAUCCAGUGCAAACAUCAGGAUGAAGAUCAGAAAAGCUUCUGCAAAGCACAUGAAGCCUCCAUGUGUGUGAAGGAUGGAGUUUCAUUGGAGACGAUCAGAGAUGAUCGAUUCUCUUUCAGUGAUGAAGCAUCUGCUGGAGUCUUUACUGUGAACAUCACUGAUCUGAGAGAAGAGGAUUCUGGGAUAUACUGGUGUGGAGCUCACGUCAUCACUAAAGUGAUCCUCAUUGUUAAAAAGGAUUUCUCCAUGAUCAUCAUUAUUAGUGUGUGUGUGAUUCUGCUGCUGAUCGCUGGAUUCACUCUGACUGUGUGCACAUUAAGACACGAGAGACGAGGUGACGCUCACUCACAGUCACCCACAAUCCCCUCUGAUGAGCUCCUGUACACUGCUGUCAGUUUCCAGAAGCAUCCAGAAGAGUCUCUCAGUGAAGCUACAGUCAGAUUCAGUAAGAAUGAGAUUCACUCUGAUUACGCAUCUGUCAGUCACCGCAUGAGACUCAACUAACUAUAACAGAUCACAGAUCAUCACGUUACCUACAUUUUACAUUUGUUUCACAGUUUAUUAAUUAAAAAAUAUCUUUAAAUCCAUAACUUGGUGUUAAACAGAUGUUUGGUUUGAUCAAGGGAGUUCAGUGAAGACAGAAAGUAAACCCCCUGAGUGACACUUCUAGAAUAUACUGUAAAGUUUCCACUCCAAAUACAGAGGCAUACAGUAUAUAUUUAAAUGCAGCUUUUGACAUUAGAUUUAAUAAAACCUCUUCUAUAAUCAGACACAAGUUCAUCCAACAUUUAUGAGACACAUGAAUCUGUUCAGAGCUUUUAAAAUGUCUGUUUUCUUAUUCUCAUCUCUGAGUUUUGAUCUUUGUACAUUUAAAAUUUUUAGUAUUUGUUCAAAAAAUUUGUUUAUGAUUUUAAUAGUGUCAUUAUUUUAGCACAGUGAAAACCUCUGCAUUCAUUUACUGACAG